CAGCAGGAGAACAACAGGUUAGUGCCGCACAGUGCGGAGGGUUACAUGCGGACAGACUGCACACUAACUCAGAGAGUGAAGAGGAGCUGGUGAAAGGUGCCAAAACCACCUGAUGCUGCAGUCUAAUCUGGACACCUGGGACUGAACACACACACACACACACACACACACACACACACUCACACUCACAGGCGGCCGACAUGGCGUCAGACCCGCCCAUCUUGACGGAGCAGCAGGAGCUGCAGAGGAGAGCCAAUCAGGUCACAGAUGAGUCCCUGGAGAGCACGAGGCGCAUGAUGCAGCUGGUUGAGGAGAGUAAAGACGCUGGGAUCAGAGCUGUGGUCAUGCUGGAUGAACAAGGAGAGCAGCUGGAGCGUAUUGAGGAGGGCAUGGACUCCAUCAACAGGGACAUGAGGGAGGCCGAGAAGAACCUGACAGACAUGGCCCAGUGCUGCGGUCUGUGUGUCUGGCCAAUCAGGAAGCUGAAGGCCUUCGAGGAGAGCGGAGCGUACAAGGCAGUGUGGGGCGGCGGUCAGGACGGCGUUGUGUCCAAUCAGCCACCGUCGUCUCGAGUCAUCGACGAGAGGGAGCAGAUGAUCAUGAGUGGAGGAUACAUACGGAGGGUGACUAACGACGCCCGCGAGGACGAGAUGGAGGAGAACCUGGCUCAUGUUGGCAGCAUCAUCGGAAACCUGAAGAGCAUGGCCCUGGAUAUGGGCAACGAGAUCGACACGCAGAACGUCCAGAUCGAACGCAUCCAGGGAAAGGCCAUUCUCAACGUCUCCCGCAUCGAUGCCGCCAACCAGAAAGCCAACAACCUCAUGAAGCGAUAGAGGGAGUGCUCCUCCAUUUCUUUCCUCCUUAUUCAUCCUACUAGUGAUCACUGUGCUUCUGCGUGCUGUGCCAAAGUGUUGCUGCUCUUACUCUCUGCUUCACACACCUCACUUAUAGUGAGUGUUUCCUUCCUGUGAUGUAAUCGCUGUGAUGUAAUCGCUGUGAUGUAAUCGCUGUGCUGUUCCUUCAGGGACCAGAAGUCCUCGACUGUCAGUAGAGAGGUGUUCAUUAUGUGUGUGUUCCUAUUUAUUCUCACAGCACUCAGACAGCUGAUGUGUCAUCUUGCUGCUUAUUACUCAGCAGGGCUUUUGUCACUCUGUGUCACACUCGGGUGUUUCCCCUCGCCGUGGCCUCUGCCGUCGUGGUUGUGCAGCACGGUUAGGUCAUAGGGCGCUUUAAUGAGCCCUGUGGGGAGAGUGGGCCGCUGCAGCAGCCCCGUCACCACCAGCAGCAGCAGCAGAGAGCACAAUCAACACAAAUCAAGAAAUGAUUUCACCACAGCUCAACGUGUGGAAGACAACACUGCGAAAAGAAGCGGCACCGUGGUGCCGGGCUGGGCCGGGGCGUCUCCAGCCAAGGAGAGGCCUCUUUGCUUCCAGCGGGCUGAUGAUUAAAAACAUGACUGACUCUGUGUUUGUGGAAUAAAUGUCCAGAUUUAUUAAAGAAACAAAACUAUCAACAACCACUUUGUUUCCUCAUGUAAACACCAUCACCCCCCCCCCCCCCCCUUAUCUGUGUGAAAUGUCCCAAAGAGCUGAAACACGAGCAUGAUGGCGCCCUCUGCAGGCGCAGCCGGGUAUCGCACAGAGGAAGGAAACACGUAUUUCCCCUCAGAGGCGGAUCUCUGGCGACACCAAGCGGACAAAGAUGGAACCUGCUCCUCUCGGCCUCUCCAUCUUCUCUUCUUCUCCAUGUUGAGUUAAAAUGGUGGUGACAUGACGACGUGUUGGUUUCAAUCUCACAUCCCGUCAUCUGAUGUCGUCACAGCCAAACUCACGUGGAACAUUUAUUAAAUAUGAACAGCUGUUUUCCUUCAUAACCAGAAACACAUGAGCUGCUUGUGUUUACAUCACGAUCGGUCCAGUGUGGAGCCACACUGAGCUGUGAUGUGAUGAAUAAGAUGUUGGUGCAUGACCUCUGUUGACCUGAGCAGCCCUCGUGCGUGUUUACGCAGCAGGUUUAAACCACAGAGACACAGUGGCGCGUGCGGAGCGCCUCCGUGUUGUGAUGAAGUGCUGAAAUAUGACGUGAUGAAUAAAAAUGUGCUAAA